AGUGUUACGUGACGUCCGAGCGCGGCAGCCAAUCCGUAUCGAGAGUGGGCGCGGCGAGGGCUGAUAACUUUCUCGUUCCCAUCUUCCGGCGGUCGUCGAUAGAAACCCCCUGCAGAAAAAAAAAAUAACCCGAGUCCUGCAAUCGACAAAUAUACCGACAGUAACGAUGUAGGCCGUGCAGGGAGACGGAGAGCCUCCGAACACGCUGACGCCGUUCAUCUCCCGCCUUGCUCAGUGAAGAUGUCCCUGGCUCAGAGGGUCUUGUUGACCUGGGUCUUCACCCUGGUCUUCCUCAUCAUGCUUGUACUCAAAUUGGAUGGGAAGGUGCAGUUGAACUGGUUCCUCAUCUUCCUGCCGGUGUGGGUCUUCGACGGCAUCCUCCUGCUCAUGCUCGUCAUCAAGAUGGCCGGUCGCUGCAAGCCGGGUUUCGACCCGCGGAACGGCUCGCCGGACCUGCGCCUGCGCGUCUGGUACCUGGCGGCCGUGCUGCUCAAACUGGCUUUCUGCCUGACGCUGUGCGCCAAGCUGGAGAAGCUGGCGGACGUGAAGGUCACGUUGGUGUGCGUCCCGCUGUGGACCGUGCUGCUGGGAGCGCUGGUCGAGCUGGGCCUCGAUAUCUUUCCUGAGAGGAGAGAAGCCUGACAGGGAUGACGGAACAAAAACUCACCUCGAGAGACAUUGAUCCUCAAAUCCCACCGAUUGUAUUCCCGCAACACUACUGUGAACGAUACACUGACUUAUUUAUUUAUACGACACGUUUUCGGUCGCCGGUACGUUGGGUAUCGCUACUCGGUCGUUUGCGAUUGUGCAACUUGCUGGGUUAUCGUUUUGCCCCGAGGUCGAGUCCUGUAUUUAAUAGGUGAGGUGACGCUUCGUAUGAGUCGUAAAUUAAUGGACGUUAUGUUAUGGUUUCCGAUCGUUAUCUGGAGUUUAGUGGGAAUAAAUGAGGAUUCUGGAGAAAGUCCCAAGUUGUACUACUACCGUCAAACUAAUCUGCACGACGCUGUAACGUGUUUAUAAAUGAUCAUUUUUAUUUAUUUUUUGAAAGGUGGUUGCAGUGUGAAGAGUGCGAAAGUUGGGGAAAAACUGUGUUUUUGUCACACUUGUGUCACCUGGGGGUGGAAUGCCCCUGGCAACUACAACCCCGAUUCCAACGAAGUUGGGACGUUGUGUUAAACAUCAAUAAAAAGAGACUAUAACGAUU